UCCUAUUGCUGUAUUAGUUUUUUUAAAAGAGAGCCUGAAUUUGGCUGAAAUUCCAUAUCUUAAUGGCAGAAGUUCAAGGUACACAGAAAAUGCAGUCACCUUGCCUGAAAGAAGUUACGCAAGUAAGCCCACAUCGCUGCUGCCUAUCUCCUCUCUUUAACCCGCCGGAGCCUCUGCACAAAGCCUCAAAGCCUAGAAGUAGUUCUGCCGAUUGCCGUCGAGAUUUUGUGGCAAGAACUUCCUCUUGUAUUUUCCCCAAUACCCAGUUUACUAAUCAUGAAUCUCUCCCAUCUUUGCAAAAAUCUUUCUCUGAAUUUCUCAACGCUUAUCCGCAAUAUGCUGAAAACUUUCAAAUUGAUCAGAUAAGAGCCAAAGAGUACUAUCAUCUCUCUCUUUCUAGCCAUGUUUGUCUUGAUUACAUUGGCAUAGGCCUCUUCUCUUAUUCUCAGCUGCAAAACCAGGAGGAGUCUUUUAAUUAUGAAACUGCAUCUUCUUCUUCUCCUUCUCGGAUUUUGGAUAUUCCCUUCUUUAGUGUGUCGUACAAGAUGGGGAGUCUGAAGACGCAGUUGCUUCAUGGGGGGGCUGAAUCGAAAUUGGAAUCUACAAUGAAAAAGAAGAUAAUGAAUUUUCUAAAUUUUUCUGAGAAUGAUUACAGCAUGGUUUUCACUGCAAACAGAACAUCAGCCUUCAAACUUCUGGCGGAAUCUUAUCCGUUUCAGUCUAGUCAGAAGCUUCUAACAGUUUAUGACUGCGAGAGCGAGGCGGUGGAAGCCAUGAUAAAUACUUCUGAGAAGAAAGGAGCAAGAGUCAUGUCAGCAGAAUUCUCAUGGCCAAGACUGAGGAUUCAGUCUGCAAAGCUGAAAAAGAUGGUUGUGAGUCAGAAGAACAAGAAGAAAGGAUUAUUUGUUUUCCCUCUUCAUUCUAGAGUUACAGGGGCAAGAUAUCCUUAUCUAUGGCUGAGAAUCGCUCAGGAAAAUGGAUGGCACGUCUUGAUCGAUGCUUGUGCUUUGGGCCCAAAAGAUAUGGAUAGCUUCGGCUUUUCCCUCUUUCGCCCUGAUUUCCUCAUUUGUUCCUUCUACAAGAUUUUUGGGGAAAACCCAUCUGGAUUUGGAUGCCUAAUUGUUAAAAAAUCAACUCUUCCGAUUCUUGAAGGUGAACCCAGUUCUGGAAUGGUCAGUCUUCUGCCGGCAAAGAUAAAAUUGGAGCCAGAAAUUGAGGCCAAACCAACAGCAAUUGAAGCGUUUAAAGCGUCUGAAAAUAGAGGAGUCGAGAAUAUAGAGAUUGAAUGCAGGGGUUUGGAUCAGGUGGACUCAAUGGGGCUGACAAGGAUUAGCAGAAGAGCAAGAUGCCUCAUUAAUUGGCUGGUGAAUGCAUUGUUAAAGCUGCAACAUCCCAGCACAGAUGGGGUUGCCCUGGUGAAAAUUUAUGGGCCAAAGAUAAAGUUUGAUCGGGGACCUGCAUUGGCAUUCAAUGUGUUUGAUUGGAAAGGCGAAAAAGUUGAGCCUGUUCUUGUACAAAAACUUGCCGAUCGAACAAAUAUAUCUCUCAGCCAUGGAAAACUGCAUAACAUAUGGUUCUCGGAAAAGUACCAGAGAGAGAAGGACAAAGCUUUGGAUAAAACGGGCAUAACCGAAAGCAAGAAGAAAGAUAAAAAGGUCCCUGGAAUAUCCGUAGUUACAACUUCAUUAGGAUUUCUGGCAAAUUUCGAAGACGCUUACAGGCUGUGGGCUUUUGUUGCUCAAUUUCUAGAUGCAGAUUUUGUUGAGAAGGCUAGAUGGAGAUACACAGCUCUUAAUCAGAAGAAGGUUGAAGUCUGAAGAGAAAUGCAAUACUGAAGCCCAUGUGAAAAAUUGUAAAUUUGCAGAAGAACAGCAGCCAACCAGCCAUCCAGUCCAGAUGGUCUUCCACAUUGUGUGUUCAAAGCCUCAAUAGAUGCAUUCUGAUUUUAUCUAAUAUUUGUGGAUUCAAUUUUCAUGUUCAUUUCUAUGUGAGAAAUUCUGCAACUCUUUCAAGCAAGUUUGAUAAUUGAAAAUUCAUGUUUGAACA